CACCACGAUAUGUGUCACCAGGCAAAGGGCGAACUGAGCCGUCAGCUCGCCUAUCACAUCGUUGCAACAGUCUACUGAAAACGCUCAGGUAACAGUCGAUCAACGACACCGGUUGAACCAAGUCAUUUCAGAAGCGUUGCAAAGUCCCGGUACGAGGCGAAUUAAAUUCUUUACCCGAAGUAAAAUUAGGCUAAACAAUCUACUACUGUUAGAGAACAAGGAUUAGUGGCUAAAAAUGGCGCAAUGGUGGAGCAUCACUUUAGCCUUCAUGAUGCUGCAGGCACCGUUACGUAGUACGGCGGACUGGACUUUAGUUGUGACGCACUCCAAUGAUUUGUGGUAUCAAUUAGACGAAAUUCAAGGUGACAACAGUCCAUGUUAUGUGGAUCUGCCACCACUUACGACACAACCGACAACCCCAUCAACUACUGUAACUCCAACAACAACACCAGCGACAACCAUAAUAACCACAACGACUACGACUACAACAACGACUACAACACCAACGACGACUACAACACCAACGACGACUACAACACCAACGACGACUACAACACCAACGACGACUACAACACCAACGACAACCCCAACGACAACAGCACAAUCACCAGAAACAUCACCAGAAACAUCAUCAGAAACAUCACCAGAAACAUCAUCAGAAACAUCACCAGAAACAUCAUCAUCACGAGAUUCACCAGAGAUUGAAGGAUCUGUCAAAAAAAGAUCAAUUUCACGCACAGCUUUGACGUCAAGUCCAACGACAUCAUCUCGCACAAAUAUCCGUAAACACCGUCAAACAAACUUGGCAGUUGGCCCAACCAAUCAAUCCUGGAACACAAUUCAACAGACAGUUAGUCCUGAAAUCCCGUAUUUUGCCGAUUCAUUCAAUUCAACAACUACAGAUUCCCCAGAAACAUUGACCUCGACUGUCCCAAAUUUUAAGGAUAAAUCCAACUCUACUUCUCCACAUGAAAACGAGACAUUAACAACUAGCACUAUUAGCACUACAACCUUAAAGCCAAGCAAUUCGAAAGAAUUCCAAACAUGCUACGGUGGGGUGUCUCGUCAUCUGACCAAAGCAUUAGAGCUGAAGAAUGAAAGCGAAUCGAAAGGCAAAGUUUUCUUACAUUUGAACGCUGGUGGAAUGUUGGGAGGUUACAUUUGGUAUCCAAUCCUGGGGGCCGGCCCGGCUGUCGAAUCUAUCAAGAUGCUCGGCUACAACGCAGUGGCAUUGGGUUACCGAGAUUUCGAAGAAGGUGUUCCUGCAACUGUGGAAUACUUGAAGGCACUUAAAAAUGCUAACGUUACGGUACUGUGUGCCAAUAUGGAUGUUAGCAAUGAACCGACGAUGAAAGAUCUUUUCAAGAAAUCAAUGGUUAUAAACAUUUCCGGCAGGAAAAUCGGCAUCAUCGGUUACAUUGGCCAAGACGCGGACUAUUUAGCUGAUACGGGGAAGCUCAUCUUUACAGAUCCACAGGUGGCCAUUGAGAAUGAAGUCACAGCAUUACUUGCUCAAGGUGCUUUUUUCAUCAUCGCACUGGGCAGUGCUGGGUUUUCAGGCGUCGAAUGGAUGAGCAAGCUCUACAAUGUCGACUUGUUCGUCAAUGGUGGCAGCAAUACUUUCCUCUACAACGGUGCUAAUGUCGGCCCAUUAAACGAGAAGAUUGCAGGACCUUACCCGAUCGUGGAUUCCAGCCAAAGUAUAAAGAGACUUUUCGUCCAAACAUCUCGGUAUGGAAAAUACCUGGGGAAAAUCGAAAUGAAUCUUCACGAUGAAGGAAGAAUUAUCGAUUAUUCGACUACAAAUCCCAUCCUUUUGGAUCCUAGUGUGGCGCAAGAUCCCCAACUGCAAGGAAAAGUCGAUGAAUGGGAACGCCAAGUCUUGACCCAAUCGAACGAAACGAUCGGUUACAGCAAAAUUCCAAUUAUUAGCGAUCGCAAAAUUUGCUGGUACGAGGAAUGUACGGGUGCAGCCCUAAUGGCCGAUGCGGCUCGGUGGUUCUUGGAAAAGUACACAACUAGUAGCAAUGAAUGGUCCAACACAGUUGCAGCAACUGUUUGGCACGGAGGAGCCCUAUCCGACACCGAUCUCGACCUCGGGGCAGGUCCUAUCACUUUCGGCGAUAUUUUGACCAUGUUCCCUUACGCCAAUGUCAUCGUAAGGACUUGGAUGUACGGUCUUCAAGUUAAAAAUUUGUUCGAGGAAUCCGUCAGGUACUACAACGAUACCACAUCGCCCAAUCGUGGCGAAUUUCUUCACGUUUCAGGUUUGCGAGUCGAAUAUGAUUUGUCGAAGCCAGGUGGUUCGCGUGUGGCAAACAUCUAUAUCCGUAACACGUACAACAUCUACGGAGGGAUGGACCCAAUACGACUCGAUGUCUUGUACCAAAUUGGUAUGCCUUCGUUCAUUGCCAACGGAGGCAGUCGUUACGCCUUCAUGGAAACCGUCCCGAAAAACAAUACUGGUGUCCGUGACGAAACCGUUCUCAAGGGGUACAUCAAACUUUUCACACCUUUGACUUACGGGAAUGAAGGGAGGAUCAAAUUCAUUAAAACUGAUCCUGCAAAGGAUUGUCCGAGCACUAAUGUGACGGGCACCGUAUUUCUGACCAUCUUUUUGACACUGCUCUUCACUGGUUUGGGGUUUGCUGCUUACAAAUAUUUAUGGCCCAUGAUGCGAGAUCGAAGAGGUUCCCUUUUGUCGCUGGUCCGGAUGAAUCCAAUACCCACGUAGAUGUUCAAGAGCCAUAGAAUCAUUUCCUCGUUACCCUUCACGAGUAAGGUCUGCUGUGGUCAACCCAUUUAUGAUGCUGGUUUUUUAUUUUCUUCUUUUUUUAAAAAUGUAUUUUCGGGUUUUCUUCUACUGGAAACUGCCCCCAUCCUUGAAAAAGAACUCAACCUGUUUGAAGUUGAAAUAGCAGACAUUUUUUUAAAGAUCAUACACUGUCCUGAAAGUA